UUCGAUUGAAGGCGCUCCCUCUAUCCCCAGUCCUGUCUCUUCCCACACCCCCUCUUUCACCCGCACCACCGGCAUCCCCCGCUUUCGACCUCAAAAUGGCGGACGCGACUACAAAAGAUCUCACAGGCACAGCCGGCAAUGCAACCGGCGGCCGUGGCCUCCCCGACGUAGGCGAAACUAUGGGCUCGGUAACCAACACGGGCAACAAAACAAAAGGCAAGAAAGGAAAAGGAAAAGGCAAUGAUGAUGGAGAGGAUGAAGAAGGGUUUGGUCUGGAUAAUAAUAAGGAUGUCAAGGGGAGCUUGAAGAUACAUAUCAAGUUGGAUCUCGAGGCUGAUAUUAGAAUUAUUGCAAGGGUGAAGGGUGAUAUUGCGAUUGGUAUCUUGUAGUAGUAAUCCUUCUCAAAUAAUGGGUUUCUUUUCUCU